AUGUCGUCCCGCAAAGACUUGCGUAUCGCUAUCGUCGGUGGAGGGAUGGUAGGCGUAGCGUGCGCUGUGAGGCUCAUGAAGGCAGGUCUAGAUGUCAAUCUAUUCGAGGCUGCGUCCAAAUUCGGAGAACUAGGAGCAGGGGUGGCAAUAGGCCCAAAUGGUUUACGUGCUUUGGAGGGCCUCGGUAUCUCAAAGACUCUGCAUUCUGAGGCUGAGGACUACCAUGACAUGGGAACCUUCCAGUUUAUCUCAGAUCUUCCUGGUCAUGAGUUUAUCUUCGACCACAUGAUCAUAUUUCCCUUGAAGAACGGCCAAAUGGUAAACGUCGUUCUUUUCUGUAGUGAUCGCUCCGAGCACGCAGACAGCAAGGAACUACCCUUGGAAAAGUGGGUCACAGCCGUUGACAAGCAAGAGGUCGUCGAACGGUUCGAGGACUGCGGUCCAGAUACUCAGGCAAUCAUCUCUUUGCUCGAUGACAACCCCAAGAAAUGGGCAAUCCACGAACUUCGACCGACACUGACGCACUACACUCGCGAAAAUGUUGCCCUCGUCGGCGAUGCUGCGCACGCAUCGUCCCCUCACCUCGGGGCUGGAGUUGGCCAGGGGUUCGAGGAUGCACACUUCAUUUGCGAGCUGCUGGUUGAUCUCCGCACAAAUACCCAGAAUUUGCAGGACGUGUUCGAAGUAUACGACCGGUAUAGACGACCUCGUGCAAACGACGUCCUCAAAUCAAGUGCCGCCACUGGUGAAUUAUACGAUAGUUGGCGCGAGGAUUCUGUAGCAGAGAAAUUUCAUUCUCCUUUGGGCAAACUUUUCGGCUGGGUGUUUGAUCAUGAUCUUCGAGCAGAUAUCAAUGCUGCCCGGCGUGACCUGGAGAACAACGGCAUAUGGCAGUCUGGUACUUAA